AUGGUGGUCGCUGAUGAUCAUAAUCUCUCCUCCAUGAUUCUCCCUAGAGUUCUCAUCGUGUCUCGUCGGACUCUCCGCAAGAACAAGUUCGUAGACUUCGUAGGAGAAUACCAUCUCGAUCUCAUCGUCUCCUAUGGUGCAGUCCCUGUCAUCGUGCCACGUGUCAACGGUGUUCAUUCAAUGCUCCAGAGCUUCGAACCCAUCCAUGGUGUCCUCCUCUGCGAAGGAGAAGACAUCGACCCUUCUCUUUACGCAGCAGACUCCGACCUCUCGCCGGAGGAAAUGGAAGAGAUCAAGAGGUUGCACGAAGGAGAUACGACCAUAGAUCGAGAGAAAGACAGCAUCGAGAUGACUCUAGCUCGACUCUGUCUCGAAAAAAACAUUCCUUUCUUAGGAAUUUGUCGUGGCUCCCAGAUUCUCAACGUAGCCGCAGGAGGAACUCUGUACCAGGACAUUGACAUGGAACUCGGUGCUAUUACGAAACAUAUAGAUUAUGACAAUUACGAUGAGCAUAGGCACGAGGCUAGAGUCGUGGAGGAGACACCGUUGCACAAAUGGUUCGAGGAGAUGGAUCAGAUCAUGGUGAAUUCGUAUCAUCAUCAAGGUGUGAAGAGAUUGGCGAAGCGUUUUGUCCCGAUGGCUUACGCUCUUGAUGGUUUGAUCGAAGGGUUUUAUGAUCCGAAUCGAUAUGAACCAGAGCAAGGUGAGUUCUUGAUGGGUCUUCAGUUUCAUCCUGAAAGGAUGAGGCUUUCGGGAUCUGAUGAGUUCGACUAUCCGGGAUGCGCUACUGCUUAUCAGGAGUUUGUGAAAGCCGCGAUCGCGUUUCAGAAGAAACAACUGAAGGGAACAAAGAUGGAGAUGAUGAAGAAGACGCUAGUCAAAAGCUUCUCCGGAGCUGAGCUUCUAAACACGCAGGCGAACACGGUGCUAAGCAAGCAACAAGAGAAUAGGCUGAAGCAGAUGGGAGCGACGGUGAGGAACUCGUGUGUGUAUAUGAAAAGGAUGAAGAGGAAAGAAGAGCAAGAGAGAGCAAUGGACAAAUUGUCCGGGGAACGUCUCUCUGAUCUGCUUUCCUUCCACCGUAUGAUGGCUCGUCUCUGCUCUGAUGCCAUCGAGAGGAAGCUACUAGAAUCCGCAGAUAGUACCAUCGAGUCCUCCUCUUUCCUCAACUAUUAG